AGAUGAUUUUGCGGUUGCUCUCGUCAAAGCUGUAGCUGUUAGCAGUCAGCGCUGCAAAUCAGAUUUACAAACAGUUAUUCAGCCCCGGUGCUGUCUACUAUCUGUGAAUCGGUCCACAAAUGUGACUUCACUGUGUGAACAUGACGGUACAGUCGUUCGGCUGGUUGUUGGCGGUCGACUGGACUUGAGGGAGACAUUAGUGCGGCCCGGAUCUCUGCAGGAGCUUUAAUUACUGAACUCUUUAAAGAUGUACCUGGUGGGGCUCACCGGCGGCAUCUCUUCAGGGAAAAGCGCGGUGUCUUCAAUGCUGCGGGAGCUCGGCUGUCCCGUUAUUGAUGCAGAUGUGGUGGCCAGGAAAGUCGUGGAGCAACACACCCCUGCCUACUCCCGCAUCGUCUACCAUUUCGGGCCAGAGAUUUUACUCGAGAACGGGGAGAUCGACAGGCAGAAGCUGGGCCAAAUCAUCUUUGCCCACGAGGAGAAGAGGCGGCUGCUGAACUCCAUCACCCACCCAGAGAUUCACAAAGCAAUGCUCCAGGAGAUCCUGUUCUACUUCAUCAGAGGGUACCGCUAUGUGGUGCUGGAUGUGCCGCUGCUCUUUGAAACCAGACGCCUCACUAAGUUUCUGACCCACACUGUUGUAGUUUACUGCGAUCCCGCUACCCAGCUGCAGCGGCUGAUGCAGAGGGACGGCCUCACCCAGGAGCAGGCCGAGCAGCGCGUGGCCGCGCAGAUGCCGCUCAAUGAAAAGCGCGGCCUGGCUAAUCACGUUAUCGAGAACUCUGGCAACCGGGAGGACACCCACCGGCAGGUCCUGCAGCUCCACACCAAGCUGGAAGACUCCAUGGAUUUCCUCUUAGUGAGGGUCCUCGCCAUCACUGCCAGUGCUGGUUUGGGCGGGAUACUGCUUUACGCAGCCAAGCUGCUCUUGUCCUAACAGAGCGAAUGGGACAAGGAGAAGUCAAUGUUUUAGUCUAAGAUACAUUGCUCGGACGCAAAGCUGUGAGAAAAAUCAGGCAAAAAUAGUCUAACUGUAGCUAUGUAUCUGCCAGCACAACAGUGUGACAGGCUUUGUUGGUAAUUAACACAGAUCUGCAUUACUUACAAAACUCACUGAAAGACACGGUUUAGUUUGAAGGUUUUUAUGUGCAAUUUCAGUUGGAUUUUAUCAGACACACGAUAAAUCAUUAAUGAGAUAAGGAUAGAAGCUCAGUUUCAAGAGCAAAGCUUGUAAUUGAAAGACUGUAAAUGCUGGCUCAGUCUUUAUUUUGGUGUAGCAGUCAAGCAAGGCGUCACUGAAAUUGUAAAAAUGUUAUUUGGCCUUUUUACACCAGGUUUAAUCAUCAAAAUUAGAAGACUAUAUGUGACGAUUAUGCAUGUUGAAUCAUCUGCUUUUAGAGAGAAAAUGACCAAGUCAUUGGAGUAAUUCACACCAAUGCAGAUAUUCAGAAAGCACCUUUUCCAAUUGUUUUACACCCCCUCCACCCCUCACCCCCCUCCCCAGACAUGAGUGUGUUUUUAAAUUGGCUUUAAAGCCAUUGCUAUAAAUGAAACUCGAGAGCUGAACAAGAAUGAUGUGAUGCAGACUUUGUGAUGACUGUUUAAUGAAUAUAUACGUCAGAAUGUACUAGACAAUCCGUUUGUACUGGGAACAGUAGGAAUUAACAGAUUAGAAUAUUUAUCACUGUAUUUUCUUACACUUGAGCUGUCCUCUUUAAAAUGUAUGAGUUUUUGUUUUCUCUUUGCACACUAAACCGUUUGUAACCUUAAAUAUAAAUGGCAGUACCACUGUUUUAAAGCAACAAGUGGAA